GCUCAGAUGCACCCCGGCAGGAAACAGGAAAUGUAAAUGUUUGGGUGCUGCCGGGAGCCAAGCGAGACGCCCCUCGGGUGGGAGCUCCACCGGGGCAACAUGCAACAGCAAAACCUCAUUGUGCUGCUUUCUGCCCUGGUGCUGGCCAGAGGAUCUCCCAGGACUGGAACUGAAAAUGAUGGUUCAGGAGAUGGAUCACCGAUAUUAUUCACCCUUACAGUAACGCCCCUUCCUGCUACGUAUUCUUCAGCUGCAGGUGACCACGAGCUAGUACUUGUCACUGCAAGCACUACUGAAAGCAGUUUUGAAACACAAAGUACUCCAAGUACUGAAUCAAAUGCAGUCAACGAUCAGGAGAGCCUAGAAGCUGCAGAUCAGUCUAUCUUGAUGUAUGUUGUCCCUGUUGUGCUGCUGGUCCUGCUGAUUUUGCUGACCAUAUUUUUUAUAUUACAUCAUAAAAGGAAAAAAUCUAAGCAAGAUGAGCUGGGAAGUGAAAAUGUGAAAAGUCCUAUUUUUGAAGAAGACACACCCUCUGUUAUGGAGAUAGAAAUGGAAGAGCUUGAUAAAUGGAUGAAUAGCAUGAACAAAAAUGCUGACUCUGAAUGUUUGCCUACUGUAAGAGAAGAGGAAAAAGAAUCAAUUGCCAACCCAAGAAUGAAAGUUGUCCCAAACCUACUUUUCAGACGAUGGUGAAUCAUGAAAUCAGAACAGCAAAGACCCGGUUAAAGGGAAGCAGCACGCAAGCUAACGAUCUCCCAAAUGCUGGAUGAACAGGAUUUAAAUAUAAUUAAUCUUAAAGGCCAGAGAAGCAAGUGCUUUUGUUGUGCCCUGCUACAUACUGUCGUCAGAAAAGUAGCACCACCAAGGGGAAGGAAAAGCACUAUAGUAAGAUUAGGGGCUGAUUUCAAUACCUUCUACAAUAAGAUCACAAAUCAAGAGAAGCCUCUUUCCCCCAGGAAAAAAAAAGUUCUUAAAAUAGCCCAUAUUUCUGUCUAGUUAUUCAAUUGCUUAUCAUGCAGAACCACUUCUGUUCCAAGUUUGGUGGGUUUCUUAAUUUUUUGUGGAUCAUUUAAAUUUUUGGUGUUUUUUUUUUAAUAUAAAAAGCAUCCGUAGUCGUAGAAUACCCUGUUUUGGUGGAUUUGAAGCUGAUGCUUAUGCAGUGUUUGUUAUUCAAUUUUUUUUUUUGGUAACAGUGCACUGACUUGCACAGAAUUUCUGCUGGGGAGGUACCAGCCUAGGACUGACAGACAAGCUCUGAGGAUAGACAGAGCAGUGAAAAAACCUCUCAAAGAAUUCAGCAGAAGCAAUUGCAACCCAGCAAGGGCAUGGUCUUUGUAGUGUGCUUUUUGGUUUUCAAAUUAAAGGCAUUGUAGAAAUGAAAAAUACGUCAAGAUUGCCUUUCAGUUCAUUAUCUCCAUAGAUCAUUACCCUGAGCCAGCACUCACUGUUUAACCCUCCUCCCUGCUCAGUGCUGUUCUCCAACCACCACCUACUUCAGGAAUAUUGAGCUAGAAAACAUUUCUUCUUAAAAAAUGAGAGGUUGAAAAAUUGAACAAAUCAGUAGUCACACCAAACACAAGUUUAGAUGAAGAUUAUGUGUAGCUACUUGGUCAAGGUUUUCAGAUGCAAUAAAAUUUCUGCUCCUUCUGGUUUUGAAUAUUGAGUUUGGAAUGUCUUAAAGAUACUGACUUCUAAAUGUACCGGUCACCUUUAACUAUACUGGAAAAAAAAUCAUACUUCUCAGAUAAAUAUUGUAAUUGUGUCCAUUAUGUCUCUUAUGGAUAUAGUUUAAAUAUGUCACACACAUGAAAGAGGAUCCUUGUCUGUGCAAAGCUUCCCUGCCUUAUUUUAAAUGCACAUUUUAUAUCCUAACUUGCCAUCCUCAUCUUCUAUUUAAACACAUAAUUUCCUCCCACUCAAUGCAUGUUUCAUACAAUCCAUUUUGUUUUGUCUGAAAAUAUUUCACCAAUGUGUUAUCAUGUAUAGCCUGGUUAAAGAGAGCAAACAAAUGCCCCAAGCCACUGGGAUGACAGCUAAGUGUCACUAACAGCUGCCAAAUAGAGAGGAGGCUCUAGCUUUAUGACAUAUUGAGGAUGUGUCAAAAUAUAAAAAGAAGAAAACCCCAAACAUUUACAGCUAACCAUAUUAAUUCAUUACCGAAUAUUACCUGACUGGUAAGUUUCUCAAAGAUUAAAAGUUUUCUUCAUCAUUACAAACUAAUUUGUUGCAAAUAUUUGAUCUAAUACACAAGUGAUGGCAAAUUAAUUUUCCCUGCUUGAAUGAUUCUUAACUUUGAAAAAAAACGUUUUAAGUUCACAUUUUACAACUUUUUUUUAAAAAACAUUGUCAUAUGUUCCUGACAUUAAACUGGUACUCCAGAUUAUUGGUCUAAAAUAAUGUAAUCACAAAGGGAAAUAAGCGAAAGACCGAAACACAGGAUUUUUUUUAAAAAUGGAAGUGGAUAUUUCCUGGCAGCAGCUUUGUUAGCAACUACUUUACAACAAAGAUAGAUGUCAUGCUCAGAUGUCCUACUGUUUGGAAGGCAGUAACCUGAAGAUGUCCAAACCAGAAAAUGUUUUAUUUAACAGUACAAGUUAAAAGGAUGUAUUUUGAGACCAUUGCCAACUGUAUGGUUGGAGAGCAGUCAGAGGUGACCCAGCAGAUUGCAGUGCUGGGGUCCAAGAGGUGACUCCUGUCCUAUCUUGCUUCAGGACACACAGCUCCACAUCCAGCAGCCACCACCUUCUCACUAAAGAGAGUUAAUGUACAGCUUAGACAAAAAAAGAAUUGGAGUCCUUGCCCUUUUAAAAGGAGUUUUCUCUUGAAACUUACACCCCCCAGAUAUACUAUAUAUACUGGCUUAUACUAUAUAGCAUAAGCCAGUUCUAACAUGCUGAUGAUCUUACACCCUGUCCUAGCUGCAUGUCUACAAUUGCAUAACACAAUAAUUUAGUCUGCUACAGCAUUUGAGAAGAGGCCAUGUCAUGCAUGCCUUUUGCACUUUGCUUGGAAUUAAUGUUAAUCCCAGAUGGUCCUUUUGUUAGAUAAAAUGCUGCACAGUUUCAAAUAAGUUUCUCAGAUAUUUAGCUUUAUUUAAAAAAAGAUUUAAGUUGAGCUUGAAGGAAUCCGUAUUCUGUAAGCUCACAUUAAUGAACAUUAAUUCUUAUUCCAGAGUUCAUGUCAAAUCAAUUUCUGCAUCAAGCUUUAAAAUCAGUUUUGCUCAGAACUGAUGUCUAGGUGAGAGCUUUAUGACUAAAGCAAAUCUAGCAUGCCAGGAAGUUUCUUUUCCUCUUCUGGAACUUUCUAAGCAUUGCAAAAUACAAAAAAAUGUUUUGAACAAUUCCUUGGCCAAUUUUUUAUAUACAAGAUAUGUAUAAAAUAUAUAUUUAAAAAUAUAAAUCUCAUAACUGCUAGUUACUAUCAAAAAAAUAUAGCAUUUCCUCAAAUUUUAUCCUAUACAUGUGAAACAGAACACUUGUCAAAUAAUUUGCAUUUCAGUAGACUUAUAGAUACUUCAAUUAGAUUCCUUUAGCAUGAGACAAAUACAAUUUUUAGUAUUUCUUUUUUCCUAAACAUUUUUACAUCAUUGCUAUUCCCCUCUGAACAGAAUGCAGGUUUGAUACUAUGGAGAGGAUCACCCAUUCAUCCCAUACCUCACCCCCCCUUCUGCACUGCUCCCUUUCACCCCUCUGGUCUCUUGCUUUGAUAUUCAUGUUUACACUGACUGCUGGAGUUGCCAUGGCCAACACCCAUCCACUCAGGUUACAGCCAAGACUUCUGUGGAGCCUGGGUUUGUGGACACAGGUGUGCUCCCUGACUUGGCUCCUUUCCUCACUUACCACCUUUGACAUUUCCCUCUCCUGCUUACAUGUGUGUCCCUUGUACUCCUGUUUGUUUUACACAAACUCUUCUUUUUCCAUUUCCUUCUACACACAGUUUCUUUUAAUAUUAAUUCUUGUAUGUGGAUUGAAUUACAGGGGAUUUACCUAGGUUUUACCAUUUUACUCCUGUAUUAGUAUGGCCAAAACAUUGUAAUAUUCCAGUUUAUGGAUAUUACCUUUACACCUUCUGUUGCUGCACCUUAAUUUUCCCUAGAUUAUGCACACAGUCAGAUCCUCUAACCCAUAAAACAAAGAGCAGGAUGACCAGAUAGUAGAUAAGAGACUAGCAGAUGAUGAUGAUAAUUAUUAUUUUAAUAUUGCCAUGCACUACACAGAAUUUAUGCCUCUUCUGUAAUAUCCUCAUCAGCAGCUUGAGCAGAGCUGAGCCAUCUCACCAUCAUUUUGCAAAAUCUACCCCAACCGAUAACUGAGGUAAUUAUCCCUCAGUAGAAACAGAGAAAAAGCAUACAAGUAAAAAGUCACUUGUACCACAUAUUAUUCUAAAAUAUUUAGCAAAUGUGAUGAUCCCUAAGGAAUUGUUACAUCUUCUUCCAUUUUCUUCAAGCAGUUCAGUAGUUACCCAGCACUGCCCAAGACAGUUCUACAUCUAAUGUACAGUGUGAGCACUUUUUGUUCUAGAGAAGGUGGAAAAGCCAAAGGAGGAAUUGUUUGAGAAAUAUAUGGAUGAAAAGAAGGGUAAUUAAGAACCAGCAUCUCUCCUACAUGUGCUAAAAACCAGUAUCUUAACAGAAAUUUUUCCAACUAAACAGGAAUAACUCCUUCAUAAAGUUAAAAACAAGGCUACCAGUAUUGCCAUCAAUUAAUUUAGACCACAAUAAUUAUGCAUUUCUCAAGAACAUAAUCCUUACAUUAAUCUUAGCAACAAAGAAUGUUGGGUUUAGUUGCUAGGUAGUUUUAAGUAAUGGAUCCAUAGAUAACUAUUGAUCUAUUAGAUGAAAAAAAUAAAUUGUUUUGCAAUGCUAAAUCUGAGGGAGGGUAAUAAAAAACUCACUUUUGUUUACAUUCUGUAUAUGAAAUUGAUGAAUGUGUAAUUGUUUUCUCAAAUAGCCAUCUCAAGUUAUUUGAUAAUGUAAAUAUUUCAAAGUCAUAAUGUUUCUCAGCUGUAUAUAAGCUUGAGAUUUUAAAAAACUUUUUCUAAUAAAGGUUUAUAGCAGU